AGUAUCACAAAGAAAAGGGGGGGAGCGUGUACUUGUACUGAUGGUGUCGCUCGAUAAAAUGGUCAGUGAUGACAUUUGGCGCGCCGUUGUCGUAAGAGCGAGAUCAAACUGUACAAUUCAUCAUAUCAGAGUGAUUUCACAGUUUUCAGUUUCAGGAUGGUGGACAACAAAUACAUCUUUCAAAUGUCUGGCAUCAAGAAUCAUUCCCAGAAAAGACAGUUACUCCACGGCAUCAGAAAGCUGGGGGGCAUAUAUUUUGGGGGCUCUGUUUAUAAGGAGGCAACAACUCACCUCAUCGUCCGAAAAGCUUUAGCAAGUGAAAAGUUUAUCGCAGCCUGUGCUGGAGGGAAGUGGAUAGUCACUCCAGAGUUUGUUCUGGACAGUGUAAAUCAAAAAGCGUGGCUCUCAGAGGCUUCAUAUGAAUUAAACUUAACAGCUCAGACCCCUGAAACACCCAAUCCACUGAAAACGUGGAGAAAGAGGGUGUCUAACGGCACUGUGUCUGGAGCCUAUCAGGACUGGGUAGUGCUCAUUGACAUUGACGAUCCAGCGAGGAGAAGUGUGUUUGUCAGGAUAUUAAAAGCAGGCAAAGCUGUUGUCAUCACAGAAUGGUCGACUUCAUAUGAUGUAACUCACGUGAUAACCACAAAUCCAUCCAAAGACAAAGGCGAGAAGUGCAGAAUCCCUCACUAUAGUGUCAGCUAUCUAGCCGAACAUCUUUUUGGGCAUGUUUGCUCAGAGUUAAACUGGUCGUGUAAUUUGGAGUCCUUCGAUGGAGAAGUGAGCUGUGAAAUGGCCGUUGAUGCUGCUGCAGUCACUGAGUCUAUGGAUGUUACUGAUGACCUUUCACAAAAAGAAUUGGAGAAAAUGCUCAAAGAAUACAUCAUAAUAAUGGAGCAACGGAAGAAAAUGCUUUUGACAGUCCCAGAGUUCUACAGCUACUACACACCCAACCUGCCAGUUCAGAUUCCAGCGGUAGAUUUCAGCAAUGUGCAGAGCUUGGUAGAGUGUGCCUUCUUCCCUCAAGCUCUGGAGGAGAUUCUGGGGUCCCUGCAGCCUGGAGUGAUGCCCCCAGCCCCGCUGCUCCAACAGCUAAUGCACCACGCACUGCAUGGUGAUGCAAAGCCAUUGUACCUCAGCAUGUGUAUCACAGUUCUCCACAGUAUCCUCCGCAACAAUCCUACCUGGGGUUCUCCUGGACACACUAAGUACUUUCUUCAGAUCCUCCAGUGUCCAGAAUGUAAGAGCGGCCUCUGGUCACUUCUUGAAACAUCAGUUCGAGUGUGUCUAGCAAGCGAACCCACCUGUCACUCACUGCCAAGCCCACCAUCCACUGAGUUGUUUCGUCUCCAUUGUAACCUGCAGGAGUUCUUCCUGAGACUCUUUCAGCUGGAACUUCAUGCUGCUAGCUCAGGGAGGUCACCCGGAAGCAGUCGGGCAUCUGUUCUGUACAGUACCUUCUGGAAAAUGUGGGAGAAGUCUACUCUGACCUCCAGGGCGGUUCAGCAACUCAGCAAGCUGCUGAUCGAGACUGUACUCUGGGCUUUCAACUCCACUCAGGUGUGGAGGCUGGGAAUGUCAGUCACUCUGCAGGAGACUCUGUGUGUAGUGGUGGAGUUCUGGGCUCAGGAACACAGUCUGCUCAACAGCAGUCUGGUGGAGAAAGGCUUUAAAGACCUGGCAGAACACAUUGCCAUACUGUGCCAAGACCUACACUGUGACAUGCUGAAGGAAGUGAUUCCAGCCCUUCGCUCUGCAAGACUCCGGAUGUUCACUGCCAACGCCAUCUAUAGAAAUAUCUGCUGCAGCAGGGGCCUGAUCCUCAGCUCUGAACCACUCUGCCUGUUCACAAUUGUCUCAACCUACCUCAAAGCUCUGGGGAUCUUGUGUGAUCGAGAACCAGUCCAAACCCUGAAGGGACAGACUGACAGAAUAGAGAUGAAUCAACCCUCUACUAGUUGUGCCGCCCAUGUGCCAGGCUCAGAAGCUGUGAAAGACUCAGCAGGCAGCUCAGAUUCAGGGAGAGAGACUGUCCCGAGAGGUUACCACAGAGUCAAUGCUGCAGGCGAGACACUCCUUCAUCGAGCCUGCAAGAGGAACCAGGUGGAGACAUUGCUUCGUAUCCUCAGAGUGCCUGGAACGGACGUCAACAUUAAAGAUCACGCUGGCUGGACGCCCCUUCAUGAAGCCUGUAACCAUGGCAGCACAGAGUGUGUGAAGGCCCUGCUCCAGCACUGCCCCAACCUGCAGCUGGGCAGUCAGGUCCAGGGAGUCAGUCCGCUACACGAUGCCCUGCUGAACCAACAUACAAACAUCGCCAAAAUUCUUCUGCGGCGCGGUGGCUCUCCUCUUCUACAGCUGUGUGACAAUCAAGGCCAGACCCCUCUGGAUCUUGUGUCUUUUGAGGCCCUACGUGACGAGCUCCUUCGCUGUGCAGAAGAAGGUGACAAAGCUCUGGACGCUCCCUGCUCUGAGGUUCGGGAUCUGCCCUUCAUAGAGUCCUGCUCAUGGGUGCUCAGCUGCCUGUUCCUCUCCUACCUCCAAGACCGACACAUACCUACCUACAAAUCCCCCCUUACACCGCUCCACCUUAGUCCCACUGUAUGCCGCACCCUGAUCCGCCUCCGUCCAGAUGAGCUAGCCUCCACCUGGGGAGAUUCCCGUGCCGCGACCCUGGCUGAGGACCUGAGGACUGUGUUGAGUUUGGAACAGUAUGGGUCACAAAUGAUCCCCGCACUGAGACGCUGUCAUGGGGAUCAAACCAGACUGUUCGUGCAGCUGCUUGAUGAUCUGCAGGCGGAGGGGGUGGCACUGAUUACUGGACGAUCUGAUUUUGACUAGUUCUAAAAGAGUCUCUCUAUAAAGGAACAAGAAAAAAUGGGCAUCUAUCUGUAGAGACCAUGGUAAAGCUCUGCCUUUUGGUAAACUUCUAGUAAAACGUGUUUCCUGGUGUGAUUUAGUGAGUUUUGAAAAAGGAUACGAAUAAGAAUUAAUGCCACCCUGACAUAGCGCUCAUGCUGUAGUGAUUGUGCACUUUAUAUGUUGUUUUUUGGUUGUUAAUAUUCAAAUCUGGGGAUUAUUUGAUUUUUGUAUGUGCAAAAAUAUUUUUGUAAAACACUAGAAAUAACUCUUUGAAUGU